AUGAACACAGAGAAGUUCCCAUUUGUAUUUGAGGCCAAUGUGGCCGCCAGAAGGCAGUGUGCUUCUGGUUUCAGAAGCCCGUAUCUUGACUGUGCGAUGUCUCGGCCGCCCUCCUCCCCCCCCACUCCUCAGUUCUACAGAGUGAGCGAGAGAGACCUGACCGAGAUCGAGCUGCAUUCUGUGGACUCCAUCAAUGACCUGCACCGCACCCACACAGACCACAGCCACAAAGUGAGGCCUCCCCGUCCCCCAUACACCCCGUCUCCAAAUGGAAACCUACCCUCAUUUGACGCCUUCGCUGUCAAUCAAACGGCUCAACCAAUCAGCUCGUGGCAGAAGCGGCUCCAGGACAUGCUGACGCCAUCAUCGUCGCGGGCCUACGCUCUGGGCUGCGCCAUCAUCACGCUGCUGCUGCUUACCGUGCUGCUCAUUUUCUAUUUCUUAGUGCAACAGGGCGGUGCUAUCCGGAUGCUGACAGAGGCGGUGAGAGAGAAGAAAACAGCAGUGACAGAGUUGACUUUACUGAUCCAGGAGCUGCACAAUCUUAAACACAACCUCACAGCACUCAAUGGAAACUCGUGA